CUACGGGUUGGGAACACAUUGAAUGGCACAGAAAUUCCAACUGGUCUGAUAAAUUUAGACACAGUUUAUCCUGUGUUUUGGGCAGGGCUGUUUGGCCCACGGUGGUGUUCGUUCCCUUCCCUUGCUUUCGUUUCUUCUCAGGGAGGACAAGUUCUGGAAUUACCAGGAGUUUGUUCGUCAACAAGAAGCCACAUUGUCAAAGAUGGGGCAUUCUCUGACUGCGAUAUGCUUCGCCUUCAUAGUGCUAGUCAUCGGCGUGGACUGCCAGACAUGCGCAUCACUUCCUGAUACAACGUGCUCUGCCUGUUAUGUUGACAAUAUUGCUAUUCGAGAUCCCAAGAAUGCAGUCUCGAACCAGUACUUUGUCAUUGGGGGUCUUUUCGAUCUACACCAGAGAGGCACCAACGCCUACACAUGUGACUCCACUAUGACUACGAAUGGAAUUAUUGACUUAUUGGCUUUCUUCUGGGCUAUAGAUAAGUACAAGGCGGUUAUCAACAGCCCAGUGUCAGUCGGAGCAGUCGCUUUUGACUCUUGUUCAAGGUCAGAGCAGACCAUUGGGAAUGUUCUCAGCUUCGCACAGUGUAAUAUUCGAGUUCAGGAAAUGCAACAGGAGAACCUUGUUGCAUAUGUCGGGCCUUACGACAACGAUGACACUAUCAGGACAGGGAUGCUUGCUUCUGAUCUCGGAAUUACUCUUCUCAGCCCAACGGCAAACUCGCUGGAUCUCUCCUUUGAUGAUGAGAAAACGCUUCUUCGGCUGAGACCCUCAUUCAUGUAUGACAUCGAGGCUGUCGUUGGAUUCUUGCGCCACAUGAAUUCGAAGUUUGCGAUGAUUUUAUACUUGGCUGAUGAUCCGUUCUGGGCCUCGGCAUACAUGAAGUUGAAAGAGAAGCUGGAAGGAUCCAACAUAUGUGUGCAGUUUAGCCAGAGCAUAGAUGAUGUCACUGAUAUGGAUACCUUUGUGGACACGCAGUUGAAGCCUCGCUUAAAGGCAAAGUACGUUGUUCCUCUGAUGUCCAGAGCUAAGCUGGACAUAUUGCUGGGUACCAUCGCCAAUGGAAACAAUGACGCAGUGAAUGGCGAACUCCGGUUCAUCUUGACCUCAGAAAUUGGAAGAAACAUAAUAUUCCUCACCUCAAAGAGCUCAGCAGCCGCUAAUGCCAUCGUGAUCGACUCUGUCCAGCCCGCAACGUAUGACCCAGUCAUGUCAGAAUUUAAAACUUACAUCAACAACGGAGCUGUAGACUCCCUCAGUGAUGUAGACAACCAAUGGAUAACUCAUUACGAAGAGACUGUGGGAGAAAUACCUAAAAUUGAUGACAAUACGCCGUCUCCUAUAGUGAUGUCUGCACUUCGAACUAUCAUGUCUGUGGAGUUGGUGAUGAAGGGUAUGGAUAAGGCUAUGCAGGACUGCAAUCAGCAGAACUUUAGCAACUACCAAUUCUGCGACAAGUUACGCAAUGAGAAGUAUAAGCAGAACGACCUCUACAGAUCCAUCAAGUCUGCUCUCCCAAUAUUUGAAAGUGCCUCCGGGGAACUGCGGCCGAACCAAGCACAGUAUGAAUACUACAUCUUCGCGAAUCGUCAGGGCAGGUCUCCUGCAUUUGAAAAAAUUGGAUCUUUUUCUAAUGGCAAUACAGUCAUCACAGUUGACCUGGAAAACGAUUUUGGAUCAGGUUUUAACCCCUCUGAGUGCCCCAAUGCUGGGGAAUGUUGUGAGCCUCCAACCACCAUGGCACCCCCGACGUCUCCACCCACCGUUGGUGCCACCUCAGAACCCACCAGUGAGGAGCCUCCUAAGUACAGCACUGUGCAGUACCGCCUGGGUCAAGCCAUCACCGGCGCCUACCCGGCCGCCGACCACGAAAGCUACCGGGAAGAAUACGGCACCCGCUUCGACCAAGGCCACCGUUGGGUCAUCGCUCUUGGCGUCUUGGCUGGCGUGGGUAUCCUCGCUGUGAUCAUCUUCGAGAUCUACAUCUUGUACAAGCUGCUUGGGACUCGCAUGGGGCACAAGUGGCGCACCAUGUGGCUGGGGCAGCUGCUCCUCUUUGGAAUCUUCUUGGCUUAUUUGGUCCUCUUUGCGUACAUUUUCGUCCCCACAAAGGCAACAUGCGGUAUCACCCGAUUUGGUGUUGGAGUGUCCUAUGCUAUCUGCUUCGCUGUUUUGCUGGUAAAGUUAAUGGUCAUCUUGACUUCUAAGUCGUCCGACGUCCUGCUUCCUGGAGAUGAAUCACCCAACUACCUGAAGGGAAUUUACCAAUUCCUUAUGUUCGUCUUUGCUGUCGGUGUGCAGAUCGUGAUAGACGUCCAAUGGCUGAUCACCGUACCCCCCGAGGCUGUGCAAGUGACCGCCAACGACGGCUCUCGUGUCUGGGUCUGCAACCACUACACAUGGGAAGCCGACAAGGGCAUGGACUCUAUGGCUGAUUUUGUCCGCACCAACUUCGAGAAUCACCUCAUGUCACUGAUUUACAUCAUGCUCAUGAUCCUCAUCACCACCAUCCUGUCCCUGAAUGCUCACGGCAUCAUCACCAACCACCGGGAGAGCGUCUUUAUUGGGAUUGCCGCAGGAUUCAGUAUCCCCAUCUGGCUGGCUUGGGGCUUGGUUGGAGGUUUGAACAAGGACCAGGAUUACGCUCAGGAGUAUGGUGACGCUUGCAUCGCUUUUGGACUCUUUUUGACAGCCACGCUCAUUCUCUUUGCAAUGUUCCUGCCAAAGGUGAGGCAGUUGGUGAACAUGGGCGUGGAGGGGAUCUACCUUGAGGAUGACCGCGACACCUACUACGCUGGCUCGGUGAUCAUGGCGCCCCCUAGCUACAAGAGCAAAGGGGCGUCAUCGGUCAUCUACGUGAACAACCAGGGGAUCUACUCAGAGCCGGUGGUUGUGGGCAAUGGUGACCCCAGUAAGGAGGUGGCGACACAUUUGAAACACCCUAUGAGCACCUACAGUGCCCCUCCUACAUACCUGAAAAAAGCAGAGUCGGCUUAUGGAAGCACUCGUGUACUGCGCGUGACUGACGACCUCAAAGGUCGUCACCCACAGAAGCGGCCUCAGUCUGAAGUUGCUUUUGGAUCCUCUGGACGUCCGAGAUCUGCCAAGGGAACUCUUCGCCGCUCGCGGUCUCAGACAAGUCUUGGUGCCCUUUGAACAGUGGUACGCAGUAGAUGAGAGAGCUGUAUCGGACCGAGUCAAGUGCCCUGCCCAAUGGAACCUUCUUCCAACUGCCUUCUUACGACUUGAAAAUAUUCAGCAAAAUUUUCGGGCUUCAGUUUGUACUAAGUGGAAAGAAGACUUGAGUGCUAGAUUAUUUUUUCUUUUGAGAAUUUUUUCAGCAACUUUUUCUGAUUUAUGCUCACAUAUAGUGAUAUGAAAUUUGUUUGCUGCACAUUUUGAUUUUGAAUUUUCUUGAAAGGAAUAAUUAUGAAAGGCAAAAUAUAUCUGUUUGUAUGGUCUGUAUUCUUUUUGAAUUGUGUCGUGAAUAUGCUUUCUGCUUUCAUUUGGUCUUUUUAUACCAUGAUUUAACUCUUCUUGUAAACUGAACUGAUGAGUUUUUUUUAUUACGGUUGUAUUUAAUAUCAAUAUCACCAGCAUCAUUUCACAAUCACCUAGUCAAUUUCUUGGGGUUUUCCAGGUAGAGCUGUUAUUAGAUUUAGAAUAAAGACAUCUAGGGGCAUCUUGUAAUAUAGUUAUACUCUUUUAAAGUCAUUUCCGUCUUAGUUUUUAACUUUAAUCCCUGAGUGCCUAUGAAAUAGUUUUAAUUUGGGUACUCUCUUUUUGAUUGAAUUUUUUCAAAACUUUGAAAAAGAAAUUACUUGGGGGCUUGUGGAAUGAUGCAGACGAUAUACUUUUUCUGUGAAAAGUGAGGCACCCCAGACAAAAAGCUGCAUAUUUUUGGGGGGUGGAUGGUGGUUUAUACCUUCCACUUCCAGCCCACUUUAUGGUAUUUGAUUUUGAAGAAGGUAAGAUUUUAAAAAAUCUAUUGGGCUCUAACAUGGUGUCUGAGACGCUGUGAAAAUUAAGGGGGUUUGCACUUUCAGCAAAAAAAAGUAAACCAGAUGGUUGGAUGGGGAAUGUAGUGUUGUUGUUGUUUUUUUUUUUUUCAAUGUUUUGUCCGUGUUUUUUUGCAAACAUUGUAAGGGGAUCACCUUACAGACCUAUAGUCUUUUCUGUAUCUAUUACAUACACCUUACUUAAUUCUUCUUUAUCUGACAAAUUUACUUAACUGCACUCAGAUCUGAGGCUGGGGAAAGACAGGAUGGAAUACGAGAAAACUAUAACUAGAAUCUUUUCGAUGAGAGUUCAAAUAAAAUCAUGGUUUUUCAUGUCAGCGUUGUACUGUACUACUAGUACAUUUUAGAUUAGAUUUCUUUGUACACUGGAAAUAAGAAAAAUGUGAUUACUGGAGGUUCACCGUUUCAGAUAUCUAGAAACCAACCUGGAAAGAAAUGUGUGGUGCUACUUCUGUAGGCAAAUCCAACUCUACUGUAUAAGGAACAAGUUUUACUUGUCAUUUUGAAUGAGAGAAUGAUUAAUAUGAAAGAAAGAAAUGAAUUUAUGUAUGAGAUAAAUUAAUUUUUUUAGGGGUGGGAGGGAGUAGCAGGAUGUAAACAAUGUGUUGUUUCUGCGCUGACAUCAUCUAGAAGGGAUAGCUGAAAUGUAAAGUGCUCAAAUAAUGAAAUUUGAUGUUUGUUUUGUGUAUUUAUGAAUGAUUAUACAUGCUUCGUUUCAUUGUCCUUACAUGGUUCAUUUUUUCAUUGUUAAAAAAGCCCCGAAAGACAAAUCAAAAUUAUAUUUUUGCAGGUCUGUUCUGCAAAAGUAUCAGGUCAAAUGUGAACAGUUAAAUCAACGUGGUAGUGAGAUUUUUUAAUGGAUGGGCAUGAUGAUUAAUUCAUGUUAAAGACAAGUGGGGUUUUUUGAAUUGAUGAAAUACUGACAGAUUCAAGUUCAGAAAUGUGGAACAAAUCUAAAAAAAAAAAGAAGAAUAAAAAAUACGAAUAAAUAGGCUCGCUCUGUUCUUGUUGUCAAGAAAGCUGUGUUGUUGAUAAUGGGUCUAAAUCAAGAACGUUUCUUUAAAAAAAAAAAGAAGACUUCAUAUGUUCUCUUCAUUUUAUAGGUCGAGAAAGAACAACGACUGAUAAAAACUGGGCCUUGAAAUUAAGAGCAUCUUUGACAAAGGAGAAUAGGUGAUGUAUGAGCUGCCUAUUUGAGAAAGAACUACAACCGAUUGUGUUAAAAUGAGAUGACACACACCUUUCUUCUUGCCCGUUUCAUUUCAUCAUGAAAGCUUCCAAAACUUUCUUUUAGUUUAUUUAUAAGCUACAAAGUGAAUACGUGUUUUUUAUUUUUCUUUAAAAACUGCAAUCAUCAGCAUCCAUUGCUUGUGUGAUAUGGGUCAAUGAAAACUCUCCUGCUUAGUCCUGCUGUAUGCUGUGAUGACUGUGGUAUAGGUCACAUCUCCUGCAUUCUUGGUCAAGAGCUACCUUACACUAAAGAGAGUCUUGUGUUUUCAUAUAAUGGCCUACAGCUCAGUGGGGCGUUUUCCACGAAGGAUGAACAUUGCAUUUUGCAUGUGUACAUACAUACAGAGUAAAUUGUGUGGGUAUUGUCUACAUUCCAUUUGUAAAAAUAUGUUUGUGAGCCUUGUGCACUUCUAAUUAACAACGUAUGCUGACUCUUUUGUAUUUUGUAUUUGAGACUAUACAAAUUUAUUCACUUCUCCAUUUGCCCCCAUAAAUUAUAGAGAGAAUUAUAAUAAAUAUACAUAUCAAACAUA